ACUUACGUGACCCAUGAGAAGUUUUCAACGGUAGGAAUUCAAUCCCCACUUUUUUUUUUCCGCUGGUGUGCUCCACUUGACCUUUGGAUCUGCCUCAUUUUUAGGAUGAUGACCUGAAAUGAGCUGGAAAAAUGAAUGGACAGCGUGGAUAAAAUACAUACAUCAUGGUUGGGCCCACAAAGCUUUGACCAGUACCGAGCUCGCUACUGGAGGGUUGAGUCCCAUCAUCACGGAUAGAUUGCCGUGUACCACAAGUUGUGGUACCUUGGGUGUAAGUGAUCAGCUGAGGAAAAGAACUGCGUCUGGAAGAAGAAGAGAAGAGCCUCCGCUGCUUCUAAUCGGGCAUCGCCUCGAAACCCUCUUAUCUAUCGAGAAAUCUGGACAGCUGAAAAAGAAGCAAUGAUCUUCAUUGAUGGGGUCCCUUUCUCCAGCGCUUCAUCUUCAUCUCAGGGAAAUGAAAUCUUGGCCACUUUGUUGGAACACCCGUUAAUUGUAUCUGCUGCAAAUAUAUUCAAAACUAUACCAGAGAGGAAGUUCUCGGUUCCCAAAGAAUUCGGUUUGGAGAAUUCACCACAGGCCAAGCAUGUUUAUGUGUUCCAAAGAGAAUAUGCGACGGUUGACCCUUCACUUGUUGAGUUAGUAGGCACGGAUGAAGCAACUACAUGCAUAGGCCUUGUUAUUCGCAAUCAGAAGAGCGGAAUGACCAGUGUUGCACAUAUGGAUUCACAAAAGACUGUGGAUUUGGGCCUCAUCCAAAUGCUAACUUCAGUCAUUGAUCAUGAGAUGGAUGAUGAGUUGGAUGUACAUCUGAUUGGUGGCUUCGAUGACACACCAGAUGAAGAUGUCAUUGCUACCACUGGGGCAGGGAGCGAUGAGGAACAGAGUGGCCAUUCUUUACCAUUAUGUUCCAAAAUAAUUGAAGCUUUGCAAAGUCGUCGGGAAAAGUUUCAAAUCCAAACUCUCUUUGUCCUUGGGCAUAAUACUAAAAGAGAUUCUGAUGGAAAUGCAUGUCCCCUCGUCAAUGGAUUUCUGGUGGAAACUUCAACAGGAUCACUCAGACCUGCUAGCUUUGACAAAAGUUCGAGGUGUCCAGAUGAAAUCGUUAGGAGACUCCGAGUCACUGUAUCUUCUUUGGAUCCCACAUGGAAUGGCAGGUUAUUAGAGACAUAUGAUACUCACCAUGACAGAUUCCAUAUUGCCCCUUGCUCUUGGUCGCCGAAUUGGAAAUACAUAGCUUCCUGGCUGCAGCAAUGUUCUGAUUCAGAAAUCCUCCUGGAGUGUUCCACCUCGCCUUCUGCUGAGGGCCCUGAUUUUGUUGACAAUGAAAAAAGGGUCUUUGAAUAUCUGAUAAAACAUCCCAAUUGGAGGGAAACUUUUCCUCCAGGUAGAAAUCGCAUCUUCCAAAGGAUCACUGAUGGACAGUGGAUAAGGUGCGAGUAAUGCGACAAGGUGUCAAAUGUGAUUUCUGAGAGUGAAACAUCCAUCUUCCAGCGAACUGAAUAUGCAUUUCGCAUGCACACAUUCUUCCUUUUGCGAGUCAAAGAAUUACAGAAGUUCACUAUUGUAGUUUGUAAAAUGGAAACAUACAUGAUUUGUUGCCACAAACCAUGCCAUGUGUUAAUGAUUUCAAGUGAUCCAUGAUGUGUCACUUCAGCAGAAAA